AUGGUGGGCAGCAAAUUCAGAACUCCUGCUAACUCGCAUGUUGAAGAAGGGGUACGACUGUACUCAGAAGCAGGCCGAGAAGAAGGCGAUUUAGUCUUGGGGGUCCAGAAGCUCCUAGAGGAAAAAUUUGACCGCAGCCACGAAGAAAUCGCCAUUGUGAAGAAAUCCGUUACAAAUUAUUACUUAUUACCUGGUGUGACCCAUAUCAAAUCAUCCGUUUACCUCAUAUAUCUCUCCCUCGCUUCUUCAAAAUGCCGGUGUCCUUCUUUUUUUAUUUUAUUUUUUAUCCAUGGAUCUCAAAAACACAUUACGGACGUAAUCGCCACGGCCGAUUUGGAUGUAGUGGAGGUCUCCGCAGAGGAGGAGGAGGAUGAGCAGGCGGGCCCCUCCCACAGUAUAAUUGGUGCCACCAACCCACCUGAUGUGGGCAAUGAUGUGGAGGUGGCAGCGGAAGAGCCUGGACCCUCCGAAGGGCAGAAAACCAGCGCCCCAGCUCCUGCUGAGGAGGAUAUCCCGACCCCAGCUCCUGCCAAAGUGGAGGACUUAAUUACCACCCCACACCAGGAGGUAAUCAAGAAAAUUCCUAAUAAAAUCAUUAGCAUGAAAGAGAGGCAUCGCAAAACCAUCAAAGAAUUCCGAGCCCACAUUCGGAAGUCACAAGCGAUGCUGAAGGAGUUUAAUGAGAAAUACGCAGAGGACCUCCAAGAAUUAUCAGGCUUGCAGGAACAACAGCAAAAUUUGCCUUAA